GGAGCAUUCGUUGCGGCGAAGAAACUACAACAGGGCGACACGGCAGAAGAAUUCGGUACCGCGAAGAAACCACCGCAAGCCAAUGCUGCUACCAGCUUCACUGCGGCUGGCAUGCGUGCCGUGACAGCCCGCGCAGUUGCAUUCUACUUCCGGGCUCCCAUUAAAGCCUUCUUUCCGGGACGGAUCGACUAUAUGGGCUAUGCGCGCGCAAUAAACCCACGCGUUCAGGCCAACCUGGGCUGGUCCUGGAAGGUCUCUACGCCGGCGUUGCUUGCUCAUGCGGUGAAGACUUAUGGAUGGCGAUUUCUCCCCAACCAAGUCCUGCCACCGAUGCUGGGCAAUACACUAAUAGGAGCAAUACUAUAUACAGCGUAUCUGCAAGCACUCGGAAGCCUUCAUGAACCCUCCUCGCGCUCGGCCAAGCGGAUAUUUCCGCCUCCGUCAUUUAGACAAACUUUUUCAGCAGGUCUGAUAGCCGGAGGGAUCCAGUCACUUGUCGCCGCGCCACUGGACGCACUCCAGGUACGCUUCAGAACGGCCGAUAUGUUGGAGGGCAAAUACAAAACCAUGUGGCAGUAUGCCACACAUAAACUUCACGAUAUUGGCCUUCGGGGAAUAUUUGGCGGCUUCACGUUAUCCCUGCUCAAAGACUCGCUCGGAGCUGCGCUCUUCUUCAGCACGUUCGAAUGCGUGAAAUCUCAGGCGUAUUACUCGUUUGUAACGCAUUAUUACGGCGUCUAUUCGCCCACCUCAAUUUUCCUAAACGAUAGACCGGUCAUAAAGCCCCACUAUACAGUCGAGCCGGCGUUCCUUCUACUAGCCGGUAUGACCGCCUCAGUUGCGCAGCAAGCAAUCCAGCAUCCAUUGAGCGAGCUCCAAAACGUGCACUAUGGUCGUCUCGAAUCGCUAGACUACCAAGCUCACGAAGAGAUGAGGCCGAAGAAAACAAUGAGCCGAUAUUAUCACGCGUAUGAGAAAACAAUCGAGCAGUGCCAAAUUCUCUCUCGUAGAGCCGGUGGGUGGCGGAGAUACCUUUACAAGAACUUCUUCAUGAAUACGAUUCGGCAGGUGCCGAGUACGUCUGCUGGGUUGAUCAUAUUCGAGCUUGUGAGACGCAAAUUUGCGUUUGAAAGCGAAGAGGUCCGGAUCGAGAAAGACGGCUUUGAUAUACUUUUGACUUGAACGAAUUAUACCCCAUCUCCAGCCAUUUUGUAUUAGUAUAUGUUUUCUGUACGACGAUAGAUGGGCCGUGAAGAACGUCGGCUCUUCUCAUAUAUGUCAAUACCAACAACCACCAUUCACAUAUAAAGCUCAAAGCUCUUUCGAAACGCGCGCGUUACAGUCACUCAGCCUCUAAUUGAUCAUGAAGUUCUUCCGUAUUCUCGGCAAGCGGUAAGUUUCCGAGGCACCAGACAGUUCGAAGCAAAGCCUUCGGAAUUAAAUGAGAGAUUGUAGGCGCUUUGGAUGAGCCAAGACGGGUAGAUUGAUAGUUUUCCCCAAUACGAGCAUGCUCUCAGACCCACUAUUGUUAUCUUUUCGCGGCCAAUGACCUUAAAUAACGGUAACACUAGCGGGUCAAAAAAUCUCAAUUCGACGCUGAGUCGGACGAGGUGAGAUACGGGGGGAAGGAGGAAACCGAUGUAAGGUGAUGGAUGC